AUGAACUGAACUUGUGAUGUUCUGUCUUUAGUUCAUGAUGAUGAUGAUGCGUGCAGCCGUGGGUCUCUGGGUCCUAUCAGCGGUGAUCAGCGCCGGCAGCGUCUCCCUGGUGAACAAAGCAAACCGGGAGUUUUCCUUCCGCCUCUACAGGAAGCUAGCAGCUCAGGCUGACUCACAGGGAAAGAACAUCUUCUUCUCCCCGUUCUGCGUGUCCACCGCCUUGGCUGCGUUGUCCGUGGGAGCGCAGGGGAAGACGCUCCGCCAGCUUUUUACUGGUCUGGGCUUCAGCAACUCCCUGACCCAGAAAGAUGUGAACCAGGCCUUCCAGACGCUCCUCCAGGGGGCCGAAAACCCAUCCCAGGGGGACUCCAGCAAAGGGACCGCCGUGUUCGUGGACAACCGCUUCAAGCCAAAGCCAGAGUUCCUGCAGACCCUGAAGCAGUCUUACUUCACAGAGGGGUUCAACGUGGACUUCACCAGAACCACAGAAAGUGCUGAUACCAUCAAUAAGUACGUGGGGGAGAAGACCAACGGGAAGAUAGACAAACUGGUGGAAAGCCUGGAUCCGACCACCGUCAUUUAUCUCCUCAGCUACAUCUACUACAAAGGUAAGUGGGCGACUCAGUUUGACCCUAACCUCACGGAGGAGGACGACUUCCACGUGGACGAGAACACAAAGGUUCAGAUUUCAGUCUUUAUUCAGAAGAUUUGAGUCCC